AUGGUCGUCACUCUACGCUGGAAUGAGGACGAGAUGCAGGGCAUACAGUUGCCAACGUCUCCUAAAUGCCCCAAAAAAAAAAAAAAAAAAACAACAUCACUGCUGCCUUCUCCACAUAAAAGACAACCUCCACCUUCACCACUAGAUAUUACUCCUUGUAAAAAGGGUUUAGAAGAACCUAUGGAAGUAGAAACCAAGGCUGAAACUCCAACCAGCUUGGAGACAGGUCAUUAUGGCAGCGACAACAAACGUCCCAGGAGUGUCAGUACAAGUGAGGUAACAGAAGAGUUAGUGCUUUCAACGUUAUCAAAUGUGCUUCAGGCCAAAUGGCAAGAUGUCACUACUACUUGCCCGAUCACAGUACAAGUUUUAUCAGCCGCUAAAAAAGCUGAGAUCACAUCCCAGGUGCUGAUGGAGGUCACUAUGCGCGUGUGUGCAGGGGAGAACAUAGAAGGGUUGGUGGAUCCAAACUAUACAUCUGAUUCACCAGAGCUCAGUGCCUCACCCACAGGAAGUAGUAGUAAUGCAGACCUGAGUGAGCUAACAAGAAUGAUUAAUCGUCCAGAAACAACAGCUCUACAGUAUCUUCUUCAGACAUUUGCUAGAGUCAAAGCUGAAGAGAAAGCCCAUCCAAAGAGAAGCAAUUCUCCUCCCUUGUCAACAGUUCUUUUGGAUGUCCGGCGACAGUGUGUAGCACAUGCUGCAUUGCUUUUAUCAGGAUGCCUUACAAAUUCUUUAGCUCCUCUUCCAUCCUUGUUGCUUCACCCAUUGCUGACUGAUAGUCUGCCUAGGGGAUUCCUCUGUGAUCUCAUUCAACAUACCUAUGAAAAUGGGGACUUAUUCAAUAAAGUGUUUGGACCUUUACUUUUGGGGCUGAGCACAACAAUGAGGAGUUGCAGUGUAACUUCGUCCUUGUACAUAAAAGUUCUAGAGUCUUUAGACUUGUUGAUUGAUAUGAGGCUAAAUAAUGCUACCAACUCCAACCACCGACCUAUAUGUAGCCUAUUGACCUCAAUGAGUAACUGGUGUUCAAGUACUGAACAUCCAGCAGCUGGUCGUGAGAUGUUGUUCACUACUCUCUUUGGGCCAUUCUUAGGUUUAUCAUUGUUUGCUGAAGAUGAUCCCAAAGUAGUGGAGAAAUUCAUCAAGAACGUUAGUAACAGAACUAUUCCGGAUGGGUUACAGGAUUUGGCCAAAGAAUUGGACCAUGUUCGCACUACCAUCCUGCACAAAUUGUUUCGUAGCAUGUUACUGAAUCCCUCAUCACGUGAACCAGUCCUGUCCUUCCUUGCGAAGUUGAUUCGGUGCAAUGAACGCCGGGCACAGAUCCAUGUUGAAGAAAGACUUGUGGCCGGAGAUGGCCCUAUGAUCAAUUUGCUUUCAGUUUUACAACAACUUUGUUUUAAGGUGAAAUUGGACAAAGUGGAUCCUUAGUUAUUUAAUACCCAUCCGAAUCACUCCGUAGAUGUGAGUAAAGAUUCCCGGCUCUCUAUGACUCAAGAAGAGGUCGACGAGUGGGUGCGAAAACAGCGAUCUGAAGGGUGCUCCAAAUUCCAACCAGUAACAUUUCAUAGUUCAGUGUUGGUUCUAACACUUCAUGCCCAUCAUUGUGUCUUACCCGUUAUGCGGAAGUAUACGAGACGAUUAAGAGCGAUACGGGACCUUCAAAAGAUGGUGGAAGAAAUAGAAAGUACAGAAUCUCAGUGGGCCAAUCUCCCUGUAGCUUCAAGACAACGAGAGUUGUUAAAAAAAUGGAAACUGCAGCUAAAGAAGCUAAAUAAAUCCCGAAUCUGUGCCGAUGCUGGCCUGUUAGAUGAGAACCUGUUGGAAAGAUGUAUGCAUCACUACUCUGGAGCAGCUCAGGUAAUAUUACGUAUACUCACGGGCGAUCAGAACACUUUGGCACCUCUGGGGGUGACGCUUGCUGAUACUGCCAACUUCCUGCCUCUUCCAUCUGAAUUGCCCGAACUCUUUGCUGCACUGCCUGAGUGGUACCUAGAUGAUUUGGCAGAAUUCUUAUUAUUUACAUUACAAUACGUCCCCAAGGUUCCCAUCAAUAAUCUUGGGGAUCCCAUCAUCACCAUGACUAUCGUCCUGUUGUGCUCUCCGUCACACAUAAAGAACCCAUAUCUCACUGCCAAAUUUGUUGAAGUGCUAUUUAUGUUAACACCAUCAGUCCAGCAACAUGUUGAUACUCUUCAUGAACGAGUCCUACACCAUCCAUUAGCUGUACAUCUUCCAGUGGCUUUAAUGAAGUUCUAUACAUUGGUGGAAUCUACUGGCGCUAGCAGUGAAUUUUAUGACAAAUUCACCAUCCGUUAUCACAUCAGCAUCAUUUUCAAGAGCUUUUGGAAUGAUAGGCAGCAUAGACAAGCUGUUAUCACAGAAUCCAACUCAGGGAAGGAGUUUGUGAAGUUUGUUAACCUCCUCAUGAACGAUACCACCUUUUUGUUAGAUGAAUCAUUAGAUGCCCUAAAGCGAAUUCAUGAAGUGCAAGAGGAAAUGGAGAGAGGAACUUGGUCAAAACAGACAAGAGAACAACAGCAGAGUCGGCAGAGAUUACUGGCUACUGAUGAAAGACAGUGCAGAUCAUACCUAACUUUAGCAAGAGAAACUGUCGACAUGAUGCAUUACUUAACUCAAGAAGUACCUGUUCCAUUCUUAAGGCCUGAGCUGUGUGACAGACUGGCUGCAAUGCUCAAUUUUAAUCUUGCCCAACUCUGUGGUGAAAAGUGUGGAAAUUUGAAAGUAAGACAAGCUGACAAAUAUGGGUGGGAACCCCGAAAAUUGUUGGAACAAAUAGUAGACAUCUAUUUACAUUUAGAUUCAGAUAAAUUUGCUGAAGCUAUUGCUACUGAUGAGAGAUCAUUCAAGAGGGAACUUUUUGAAACUGCAGCCUCAAAGUUGGAGCGUGCUGUAAUUAAAAGCAGCUCUGAGGUUGCCAAAUGUUCGUUUAGUAGUAUUGGCCAAAAAGCAUUCAGCGUUCAGCAAGCUAAUCAGAAGAAAGAUGAGGAUUAUAGUGAUGCCCCAGAUCAUUUUAUGGACCCUUUAAUGCAAACAUUAAUGGAAGAUCCAGUUGAACUACCGUCCGGAGUUGUGAUGGACCGGCCCACAAUUGUUCGGCAUUUACUUAACGACCCCACCGAUCCAUUUACCAGGCAACCUCUUUCUGAAGAGCAGCUUAAACCAGCGGAGGCCCUGAAAAAAGAAAUUACAGACUGGAUUGCAGCUAAAUCCAAUCCCAAGAGCACAUCUUGAGGGCAGUACUAUGGUAGCUGUGGAUAUUCAUCUCUGUGCGCUUUUUUUUAAGGUGAUGACUGUUAUCACUCAGAGUAGAUUAUUUAUGUGGCAGAUGAGUUGAGCUGUACAGCAUUUCAUAGGCUGCUGUAUGUAGGUGUAAUGAGAACCACUCCUCAGAGAUGUGAAGUACAGUGUGUUGACAACAUUAUGCAGUUAACUUCAGUGUAUGUUUGGCUUGCCUUCCAUCUUGUGGAAAGUGCGUUGUUGUCUUCAUAAUUUAAAUUUUUUUCAUGUAUUUUUUUUUCAUGUCCAUAUAUUGCUUAUUACCAGAUAACAACAAAUGCAGUUUUGGAUAAGUGCGUAAAGCCUGGGAAGAAGCUCCUAAUGUCACGUAAAAUUUUGGGUUGCUCUUAAAAAGCAAUAAAGCAUAUUGGGUGCUGAACAACAAUAAUACUCUGUGAGUAUUUUCUCAUCAUCAGGGAAUAUUGUACCGUUUAAAAUUCCUCACAUUAGUCGAAAGCAUUUACAUAACUCCAAAGUGACUGUUAGCUGCAUAAUUCAAAAAUGACUGUUUGCUAAUUAGAGAAUAAGAAAUUAUCAGCCCUCGGGUCUUCUUUCUUACUAUCCAAAACAUCCUUUUUUACUGUAUUUUUAAUGUGUAUUUUCUUUAUUGAAUUUACAUAUCAAAUAGUUAAGAAAUCUUGUUUGACUUAAUAAUGUUAUUUUUAUCCUCAGUUAGUAAAGUGCUUACUUGACUGUGUUGCAGUUUCUUUCAAAUUGGAAUCUCCGGCCUAGAGAUAUAUUUUUUUGGUAACUUGAGAUUAAAAGAGAUUUUAUGGCAUUUAAUUUUUCAUAGAUGUUUUUCGUUUUUAUAUUUUAAAUUCAGAUAACCUAUUAAAUAGCUUAAGAUACCAAAUGGAAUUACAGUUACAUAAUAGUUUUCUUGAUUUUUCUUUGACGUUAAAUUUAUUCUAAAAUUUAUUAUGUAAGACUUCAUAGAGUCAUCUCAGAAAUGGUUUAGAUAUACUACAGUAUGGUCAGAAAAAAGAUUGCAGUGUGUUCGAGAUUUUAAAUGUAUAUGUUGUAAAAGGUGAAAUUGAAAAUUCCAAUGUGUGUAUUUGACCAUGGGUUGGAAGUUAUUAACACUAAAGUAGGUUGUGGAUGCCUCUUUUCUUGUGUCCGUGAUUGAAAGGCUACAACUGCUAGGCUCUCUCAGGGGUGCUUGCUAUUAUUCAGAGAUUUUUAAAUAAUGUUUUCGAGAUGCCACUGCCACUCACCGUGUGUGAAAAUUACGUGCAUCCAGCUCAGCAGUUCUCUUUUCAGACAUGGCUACAUAAAUGAAGCACAAGAAAGAAAGAGGAAAAGCAGAUCCAACCUUAAUCAAAUGUGAUAUAGCAAGAAAAAUGCAAUUUUCAUGUUCAAAACAAGAACUCCAUCACUAUUUGUAAAACACUGUCAGAAUAUUUACAGAAUGGCUUACCAGGUACCCAAAGAGUAUUGACACCAGAUAUACUAAAUUUAAUGCCUUCAUGUGUAACUUUUCAGAAGUUAAUUUAAAUUCGAAAAAAACUUCAGACAUGAAAGCCAUUCAAUUGUAUGUACAGUUUAUGACUCAUAAAGCAAGAUACCCUUUAUAUUACUGCAGCUUGUACACAUUUUGGGUUUA